AUGGUGGUAGUAUCUUCCGGCCGGUCAACAGUCCAUUUGGUGACUCUAUAUGACGUCCUUCAUCCUCAUCAACCUGAUGGCAUCGAAGAGAUAGAUCAAUCAAUCCUCUCUACAUCUUCCAUUUCCACUACCAAGCAAACACAUACGACCAUAGGGUGUGGAGAACAGGGCUUCCCGUCCGCUCAGCCAUACUUAAGCCACACGCCGGGAGGCUGGUUGCUGAUGGUGCUCAACUUCCUGGCACCCGCCGACAUCAUCUGCUUCAGCCUAUGCAGUCGAACCCUGAAAUAUUCCACGACCGGUCUCUACCACCUCACGCCAGUGCGCGACAGGUCGCUAGCUCUGUCCGUCCUCACCCGACUAGCCCGAGACAUCCCUCAGAGGUUCUGUUGUCAUUACUGCGCCAAACUGCAUCGCAUCACCGACGUCCACCAUCCAGCCAGUGCUAGGAAUCACGACCCCCAAUGCCCAGACCUGGGAGUACUGUACCGGAAUUGUCUAUUACCUUCGCUUCGAUGGCUCGUCAUGGCCCACUGCCUGCCCAGCCUUUACGAUUUCCACCACUGGCACCUCGUCGCCGUGCUGCAGAACCACCAUGGUGGCAGCGGUAUCAACCCCAAGUCCUUGGCCUACACCGAAGUGGUUGAUUAUCCCAGGGAGCCCGCAAGGACGACUCUCUCAUCCGUGGAAGGACGGGUCUGCACACCUGGGGUUCAUCAAAUGCCAUCAUUUGUCCUGCAGAUCCAGCAGUGGAUCUUAUUCCACGAUAGAAAUAUCGUCUCGGACGGGCACCUGAAUGUACCAGAUACCGUGCUCGAGCUGCAGUGCAUCUGUCGAGAGCAGACACUGGGGACUAAAGCGAUCGUGGACGAGAUUCAAUCGGCGAUUCGGCAACAGGGUUUUGGUUCAAAGAAACCGUCCACCACAGAGUAUAUGCGGUGCUCGCCAUGUCGGGUUGAGUUUCAGAUCGCCCUCCGUGACUGUGGCAAGGACGGAACGGCUGUGGUAGUGACCAAAUGGCUCGACCUGGGGGCGGGAACUGAAACUGAUCUGGAAGAUCUGAAGUGGAAGCAGCCUACCUUUCUUGGUUUGGAGUUCAUCUACGAGCCUGCUUAUGCCAUGGCAAGCUCGGGGGAGGUUCACCGGCUGUUUCGUAAAGGCUCUGAGUGUGAUCCUACUUUGCGAAAUCAGUCAUACUUGAUUGGAAGGCGAUACCGCCGCGCCAUGGGGAGGAAGCCAACAACUAUCUUCUUCUUCUUCCUUCCCCUCUUCUCUCGAAACCUUGGUCAACUAUCAACAGUCCCAGCUGCGCGUGAGCCGGGCUAUGUUGCUCCUUCAAGAGCAGGAGAACCAGGUGUUGAAGGCGCAAUUCGGCGAGAUGACUGGUAG